AUGCAGCAACAUCAAUUGCAACAGAUGGUCCCCAAUUCCCAUAUGGUGACUCAAUCACACACAGUGUUCCCUCAGCAACCACCCUUUACAAUGAUACAGCAGCAGCAUCAACACGUGUUACAGAGCCAACUUGGCAUUGGCAGUGGGAUUCAGGCCCCACGAAGCGAAAGUGGGACCAGCAUGGAAGGUCAAGGAUGUGGAGUUUUUCCUGAUUUCAGCUUUGGGGAAGUAGCCUCCUCACAUGGCGUUAGAACAGCAACCUUUUUAACAGCUAAAGAUAACAGAGGCAUAGCUAGUAGUACUUCUAGUCAUACUCAUGAACAUGAACAUGAAGGUGCACACCAGUUACAGAUACUAUAA